AUGUUCUUUUUCAUUACCUCUUUCCUUAUUGUAUUCUCCAUAUGUUUGAUUGGCAUUACUAAUAGUAGCACAGUAAUAGUGACCAAUAAGUCCCCCGUGUCUUACAGUAGUUAUAGUUCGUUGACUUUCGAUUGGGAUGGAUGUUUGGAUUACUGUGUAAAUGACGAAAUGUGUAUGGUCAUUUUCAACAAUGGAUCUGACACUACUUGUCAAUUAUUCAAAAUCGGAGAUCUUCAAUCAGUGAAACGGCGAUACAGUUCUGAAGUAAAAGUUGCUUUCAAAUUGAACAGAGAUAAUUCGUCGACUUGUCCGGCAAAUGAUACAUUAUCUGGAGGAGGUUAUGUACUUGGAUACAAUGAUACUCUUCGAAGGCAGUCCUAUCAUGGUUACUCAAUCAAUUAUGAUCCAGAUAAUCUAAUGUGGAAUUUCAAUUCGACUGGGUUGUUCAACGCCGCCUUAGUUACCCAAGAAGAAGCAGUAUCUAACUGUUCUGCAAGGUGGUCUGGUGUUUUGAGUGGUAUUGAAACGCCCGAAGAAUUUCAAGCGGUGACAGAAAUAGCUAAAAAUAACGUAUACGAGUCUUUAGUUAAAUAUUACGAGAGUGCGGCAUGGAUUGAUGGCGUUCGGAAACCUGAAUGCGUUGGGAACCCAACAUGUUCUGGAUUAAGUGCAUUCACAUUCUCUGAUCCGACAUUGUCUUCUGAACCAACCGGAUUUCUCUGGAACUCCAAUCAACCUGAUGGUACUACAAAGGAUUGUCUCAUGUUCAAAAUUAACAGUGAUAAAAGUUAUGGAAUUGACGAUGAAUUAUGCACAAUGAGAAAUUCAACGAUUUCAAAGAUACGUUUGGCAGGGUAUCUUUGUGGGGAAGUGCCCAAAAUUAGAUGA